AUGGAGCAGCAGCUGGCAGCCUGCCUUGAGGCCACUCUUUCGCCGGAUUCGGUUACAAGGACGCAGGCAGAAGCACAACUCGAAUCGUUCCGCAAUCCCGAACAGGAUCCGCAGGGCCUGGCCAGCUUGAGUCUGGUCAAGCUGCUUCUCGAUGCCAGCGCCCCCAUCCACAUCCGUCAGUCGGCAGGUGUCGCUCUCCGGAAGUACAUCACAGCACGAUGGUCGCCAUACUUUGACGCUUUCGUCGGAGCAGCCGUCGAUGUGGCGGUCAAGCAGCAGGUCCGCCAUGCUUUGCUCGCGGGUCUCGCGGAUCCCAUCCGAAAGAUCCGACUCACCACUUCUUACGCCAUAUCAACCAUCGCAGGUCCCGACUAUCCCGAUCAAUACCCCGACCUGCUCCCGUACCUCCAUCAGCUCCUCCAACAAGCAGAACCCAACGGACUGCACGGUGCAAUGGCGCUUCUCUCCGAAUUUGUCCGCGUCGAGAUGGACGAGGUCCAGCUCAUGCAGGUCGCCAAAGAGAUUCUACCAGCAUUGGAGCACGUCCUGGCGCAGGAGGAUCAACACAGCGCUCACGUCCGAGCAAGGUGCGUUCUCGUCUUCCGUCAGUGCCUCACCACUCUGUACAUGGUCAAGGAAACAUACCCAGACGUCGCCAAGCAGGCUUCCCAGACCAUGCUACCCCGCUGGCUAGCCACGAUGCAAUCCUUGCUCGCGCGAGACGCUGCCCAGCAGCUUGGCUCUGAUCUCCAGCAAGGCUGGCAAACGCUGGCGCUACGCAACGAGAUCUUCAAGACGCUCAAGGUCGCUGCCAUGUUCCGCGCCCAGUUCAAGUCGCAUCUCCAGCCCUUCAUGCACUCGUCGAUAUCCAACCUUGUCUCGCUUCUUCCCGCCUUCAAGCAGCUCUACUUGUCCAACACAUCCAAUCUCGACACUCCCACCUCAGAAGAAGGUGACGACGACGUAGCUUGCGACAUCCCAUCCUUGGCUUGCUCCAUCCUCGACUUUAUCAACGAAGCGUCUCGUGGAGACCGCUGUCGCGACCUCUUCGUUCAGGGUGGCACUGGCGGUCAGGGUAGCGAAUCUCAAUUCUUGCAGCAGCUCGUCGGCUUGCUUCUCGUGUACAUCGACAUGACCGUCGACGACGAGGACAACUGGGCCAACGACGCCAAUGCUUUCAUUGCCGAUGAACACGACGAGACGCUCGCCUACAGCUUGCGAAUCGCCGCUGCCGACCUGCUCGGCAUGCUCAUCGAAGACUUCCCAGUCCCCGCUCUUCGAUCACUCGGCCACCAGGUCCAUCAACUUGUUCAGCAAGCUAAUACCGACAAGUCCAAUGGCGAUGCCGACUGGUGGAAGACGCACGAAGGCGUGCUCGCCGCUAUUGGAAACAACGCCGACGCCAUCAGCGAGAUCGUUGAGACGCAGUCUCAGGCCAAACAGGCACUCGACCUCGAGUCCAUCUUCAACACGAUCGUGCUCCCCAAUGUCGGCAACGACGCUCCUCCCUUCUUGCAGGGACGGGGCUUUGUGUUUGCGUCGCAAUUUGCCACCUCGCUUCCCUCUGAGCUGGCGGUGCAGUUCCUUGACGCAGCAGUUAAUGCUAUCGAGUCAGACAGCGCCUCUCUGCCAGUCAAGAUCUCGGCCGUGCGCACGGUCAAGAACUUCUACCGCCACUUGGCUUCGAGUGUUGUUGGUCCGUAUGCACCGCGCAUCGUGCAAAAGCUGGGGCCGCUACUCACGCAAGCUUCCGAGGACACGCUCAUCCUCAUCAUCGAGACUGUACAGGCUGUGGUGGUCGAAGAGACCGACAGCGGCGAGGCAACCACCACCGCGUUGGUAGAGCCAGCGAUCAUCGGUGAGAUCGUCCGCGCAGCGCUGCAGGUGUGGGCACCGAAUGCUAGGGACAUCAUCCUCCUCUCGGUCGUCUCAGACUUGCUUGAGUCGCUUGCUGGAUCCAAACAGCCCGGCGUUCCGCAAGUCAUCGUACAGCAAAGUUUGCCGUUUUUGGCAGCCGCCAUUGGCUCGAGUGUGCCUGAUCAACCGGACACGUCGACGGAAGGAGAGCCGUCGGCAAUUGCAGAGACAGCCGUGGAGCUCGCAAAGAGCGUCCUCGACGGUGCCAACGCUGCCGCACUGCGCGGAGCCGUCAAUGUGCUCUGCCCGAACCUCUUCAAAGUGCUGUCCACCAGCCAGGAUCGGGAUGUGCUGCAGAACGGCAUCGAGUGUCUCACGGUCCUCGUCAAGAAAUGCACUCAGGAGCUGGUCGACUGGAAGGAGCCGCAAUCGCAGACAGCGUCGAUCGAUCUCAUGUUGCAGAUCAUCGCCAAGCUUCUCAUCCCCACCAACGAUUCCGAGAGCGGAGGUCUUGCUGUCGGUGACCUGGUUGUGGCGCUUCUGCGGAAAGCUGGGGACCGCAUCGCGCACGUGCUGCCUGAUUUACUUAACGCCAUGGUGCAGCGCGUUGCAACCGCACAGACGGCCACAUUCACCCAAUCGCUCAUUGUGCCUGUGGCGUAUCUCAUGCACGACAACGACGAGCAAGCCAAGCAGGUGAUGGACCUGCUCGAGUCGAUCCAGGUCGCGCCGGCAGCCGCGGACGCCUCGGCAGAGAGCGGCAACGGCCUCGUCGUGCUCUGCAAGAAAUGGGUCGACAACGUCGAGACGUUCCAAGGCUUCUGGGCGCAACGCGUCAGCGCACUCGCGCUCGCCAAGGUGCUCGACAGCCGACGCGCCUUCCUCACCACUACCGACGUGCGUGGCGAUAUCCUCCCGGACAACUCGGGCAUCAUCCGCACACGCUCCCGCGCCAAGACCAUGCCACACCAGUACACCAGCGUGCCCAUGUUUGCCAAGAUCGUCAAGGUGCUUUUGAAGGAGUGGAGCUCCGCUUCGCGUGUUGCGGCUGGUGGUGGCAGCGGAGGUGAUGGAACGCGUACGCCGGAGACGGACGACGAGGACGGCGAGUGGGACGACGAGUACGAGCCCAACGCUGCGGGGGGCAAGGACGACUUUGGCUUCCUUUCGGACAUGCUCGGCCCCGGUGGUCUGGAUGCGCUGCAGAACGACGACGACGACGGUUUCGGUUUGGAUGACGACGAGGAUCUCAAAUCUGACCCUGUUUACAGCAUGGAUCUCAAGAGCUGGCUCUCUCAAUACCUGCAGCAUCUCGCCCAGACAGCCGGGCGUGCAUCGUUCGAGGCGCUCCUCUCGCCGCACUUGAACGCAGAGGAAAAGACGAUGCUCACCUCGAUCCUGUAA